UGCUCCUACAAACGUGCUGCAAACGCCUCACAGCCCUCCCCAUCCGUCCAUCAACCAUGCCGCUCCGCGCCAAAAUCCUCAACCCAGCCAUGGCUGCGGGCAGCAACACCUCCAAAUCCUUCGCCUCAUCCCCCACAUCCUCAAUCAAAGAACUCCCCACCGACGAACCCAACGACGUCCUCUUCCACCCCCACCACGGCCUGCGCACAAUAACCCUCAACCGGCCCAAAAAGCUCAACUCCCUCAAUGGCUCCAUGGCGCGCAAACUCAUCCCGCGCCUGCUCGAGUACCAAAAAUCAGACCUCGCCAACGUCAUCGUGAUCAAAGGCGAAGGCCGCGCCUUUUGCGCCGGCGGAGACGUAGCGGCUCUAGCCCUCGCCAACAAGAAUCAAGGUCGAGAGGGACAGCAGGAGAGCAAGGAUUACUUCGCGCUGGAGUACAAGCUCGAUCAUCUCAUUGCGACGUAUACGAAACCGUAUGUGGCGUUUAUUGAUGGGAUUACGAUGGGUGGCGGGGUGGGGUUGAGUUUGCAUGCCCCGUUUCGGAUCGCGACGGAGAAUACCGUCUUCGCCAUGCCGGAGACGACUAUCGGUUUCUUCCCCGACGUGGGAGGGGGGUUCUUUUUGCCGCGGAUGGAUGGCGAGGUGGGCACGUAUCUCGCCCUGACCUCCGAGCAAGUCAAAGGCGUGGACGUCUUUUGGGCGGGGAUAGCAACGCACUACCUCCAUUCCUCUUCCCUGCCGGACCUCGAAGCGCGACUGGCGGAAUUACAAUUCAAGGAUUACGACAGUCUGCAGUCGAGGUUACAUGUCAUCGACCAAACAAUCGAGGAAUUCUGCACCGGACUCCCGCACGACUCUCCCCCGGGCAACUCAGUCGUCGGCGGCGACACCCGAGCGGCAAUCGACUACGUCUUCCAACCCUCCAACGACAUCCACGCCGUGCUCAAGGCACUGCAAGGUCUGGCCGAAAACGAAAGCGGUUCCGCUCCCCCCGAAGUGCAGACGUGGGCGGGCAAGACGCGCAAAACCAUCCUCUCCCGCAGCCCCACCAGCGUCUGCGUCACGAUGCGGCAGUUACGGUUGGGUGCUAGUUGGGACAUCGCGGAGACGUUUCGGAAGGAACAUGUGAUGGCGAGUCGGUUCAUGGAACACCCGGAUUUCGUCGAGGGGGUUUGCGCGUUACUCGUCAAUAAGCCCAAGACUACUCCUUCGUGGUCACCGGCAGCGAUUGAGGAAGUGACGAGCGAAGAGGUUGACAGCUUCUUCAACGCGCCGGCGGAGCUGGAACUCCUGCUGCCCAGCAGCGGUGGUGGUAGUGGUGCGUCGGGAAGUGACGUGAAGGCGUACACGGAUUACCCCCACGCCUGGACGGGUCUGCCGCGGGAGGCGGAGGUGGAGCGGGCGGUGGGCAGGGCGCAGGGGAAGGGGCGGGAGGAGAUUGUGGAGGAGUUUGUGAAGAGCAGGGCCGGCAAGCAGGGGGUGCGGGAGAAGGUGGGGGAGAUUUUGGGGAGGAGGACGGAUGUUAGGGAGGGGGCGGUUGCUUGGAAGCGGUGAGCUUGCGCAUACGCAAUGGAGAGGAUGGUGAGAGGAAAAUCGGGGGAAGGUGUAUAGCUAGACGAUAUCGUGGUGCGAGUGAACUGUAUUUCGUUCACCACCCGAUUGAGUGGUUGUCGUGUCACGUGCUGAUAAGGAAAGUGAACCAUUCCUCGGCUUGUAUGCCAG